AUGAAUAAAUUAUCAAACCUCGGUCGCGAUAUGAGGCACUGGUCCGGUCCAGGUUUCGGCAUGUCGCGACAGAAUCAAAUGAAUGGCAUGUCGUCAAUGCCGCCUCACACAAAACCGACUCCUUCACCAGCGCUGCCACCGACCCCUGCGGACUCAACUAUCCACUAUUCAUUCAACAUUCCCUUCGCUUCUGAUCUCGCCGGCCCAAAUACAGAGGAUAUCCUUUACGCCACGGCCAAUGCUGUUCUAAGAUGGACACAUCCUGAAGACGCGCCUGAUGACAUUCCAGUAUGGAAAUUGCCCGUACACACCUCGAAUAUCGAUAAUCUGUCGAAGCUUUGCUUAGACAUCACCAAUGGACCUUUACCCAUCUUGGCCAAUGUUGCCGUCACUACCCCGAAGCGUCCAGGUGCCUCCCCAGCACAAGUCACGACGGUCACUCUCUCGGGAAGCCCGGAGUUGGUACACAAGAGCAGAGAAACCAUCUUGAACGAUACUCCUAUCGCAUUGCGUUGUUCAGUUAUCGACGUUGACGGAGAUUUGAUUCUCGAUUCCACCAAGUCGGGCUUGAAGGCAUCUGUGAUUGAACAUCUGGAUAAUGUUGCCGCGUUCUGCGGAGUCGAUAUAUUCUUGCUGGGUCCGAAAUUCACUUCUUCGUUGACCGAUGGACUUAGCAGCAAUGGUGAGGCAGGAAGGGAUCAACGCUGGAGAGUUGCAGUUUAUGGAGAUAUGGAGAGUGCUGAACACGGAAAGACCAGAAUCUUGGUUUACAUUGACAGACUACUUGGACGCAUUGUUGACGCGGCAUCUCUCGAGCUCUCCCUUCACACUGUCAUCUGUGGACGAUCCCGAAAGAACAUUAAAGUCAUUGAAUCCGCUACGAACACAGCUAUUUAUUUCCCGCCUCCCUUCUCGCAAGUCUACAAAUAUUGUCCAAAGGGUGCCCACCGACGAAACCCCGAGGAGAUCUUCAUUACGGGCGACCGACCAGAAAACAUAGCCGCAGCGAAAAGCCGAAUCCACGAUCUUGUUAGAAUGACAAGGCUCUUCAUGAAAGAUGCCCAUGUAACUGCUGCGAAGAUUGACAGCAUCCUCCUUACUAGGAUGGACAAGGUUCGUAGAGUUAUGGAGACGCACGGAACAUUCAUCCAGUUCCCAGCUCUUGCUUCUCAACGUAGCAUGAUCAGAAUUCAAGGGACAGAAGGCCUCCAUGUGGAACGAACUGUCCGGGAACUCAUGUUAAUGGGUGUGCAAUUUUACAGCGCAUCAUGGUGGAUCCAACAACCACCAAAUCAGGCACCUUUACAACCAGCUCCACAUGCAAUAAGGGCAAUGCUGGUUGAUAUCUGCUCGUAUUCCUCAGCAGAUGUAACAUACGAUAAGCUACAGUGGACCAUUACUGGUUCCGAUGAAGCUGUAAAAGACGCCUUGAUUAUCAUCAGCAACAUCGCAUUGAACAAGCGAGGUUGUGCCUAUCAGAUUCGAGUCAAGCUUGAGUUGGCAAAUGAGCACAAGGAGUUCGUUAGUGGAAAGAAAAAUGGAAAGAUUAACAAGAUCAUGGGCCAAAGCAACGUUCAAAUCAUAUUUGAUGGAUUCAAUGAGUACAAUUUCAACAUUGAUGUUUGCGGAAAUAACUACGACCAAAUGGUUACUGGCCUAGGCCUUGUCGAACAAGAAAUGCCAGCUCAAAUAUCGUUCCAUGUUCCAGAUCAGUAUCACAAGCGUAUUAUUGGCAUUGGUGGUCAGCACAUCCAAAGGAUCAUGAAGAAGCACUCUGUUUUCGUCAAAUUCUCCAAUGUCAUGGAUCGUGGUGGGCCCAAUCGUGAGGAUGAUGAUGUCAAGUCCGAUAAUGUUAUCUGCCGUACUCCAGCUCGUAACGCUCAUAAUUUAGAGCUUGUGAAGGCUGAAAUUCUCGAUAUGGUCGAUCGAGUUGAUUCGGAAUUCACUUCCCAAACUGUCAACGUUGACCGAUUGUACCAUCGACAACUCCUGGCUCGUCUCAAUCAAAUCGAAGAAUUGGAAAAGAAAUGGAACUGCAAAGUUAUUUUCCCAAGUACCGAGCAAGCUAGUGACGAUGUCACAAUUUCAGGACCGGAAUGGCAAGUUCCUCACUGUGUUGAUGAGUUUCUUGGGAUGGUUCCGGACAGCCAUGAGCUUGUUUUGGCUCGUACCCCGGAACUCAUGAAAUUCUUCAGCUCCAAGACUUUCAAGACAGAAAUGGCCCCAAAGCUCAAGUGUCAAUACGUGGUCGAGGUCCAGGUCAAUGAGGACUCUACCGAACGUACUGAAAACGAUGGACCGACAAUCAUUCUCCUUUGGACUUUCACCAGAAAUAACGCUGGUGGUGUUAGGGAUGCAAUUGAUUUCUUGUUCUCUAAUAUUGCCGCAGCUGGUAUUGAGGUUACCACUGUCAAGGGAACAAUUCCUCGUCCCAAGUCCGAUUCAUUCGAGGAAUCCUUGCCAUACUUCGAUUCUAAACUCUUACAACAUGCUCCUGCACCAAUGGCAACCGAUUCACCCACCAAAUCUUCUUUUGGUGAUGAUGUUGCGAGGGAGAGAAGCAACAUUUUUGAUAAACUUCGCAAACCUGGUAGCAUGUCAUCAAUUUCUUCAUUCUUGAAUGGCCGCAAGAAUAGCUCCCAAUCUCCCGCCGGUUCUUUCUUCCGAAACGGAUCUCGAAACGCAUCAAGAACUUCUCUGAUCUCCAUCGAAUCUACGCGAAGUUUUAACGCGGACCGUAACCCAUGGAACGAUAGUGGUGUCAACUUGCCGGACGAUGACACCACACCAUGGCCAACUCGCCAAUUUGGAAGUGGCAGUGGUAGUAUCCACGAUGGUAAGCACUCGCAUGGACAUCCAGGCGAUGCAACACCAAGACAUAGCAUGAGAGCUUCGACCGACAGCGGUCGUCCUUCAACUUCUAAUUCUACAAACUCCGGAUACCCCGGUCCAAUAGGACCACCGCGUUCUUAA